AUGUCAGCAUGUUUCGGGAUUUGGCUUUGGGCCUGUAUUGUCUACUUCGUGGUGCAGACCAUCUUUGCUGUGAUGCUUGUUGAGCUGGUUCAUCCUGUCACCCGUGAAGGCAUCUCCGUGGAUUGCCCCGAAUGCCAAAGGCACUUCUCUUCGGUGCUUUCCGCGAAGCUCUGGUUGUUCACAGCCCUUUUCUCCGGCGGCUGGGAGCGUGAGGUCCCCAUCAUCAUCCAGGCAGCUCCCUGGACAUGGUAUAUCCUUGUCGGCUCCAUGGGCGUCUUGAGCCUUCUGGUGAUCAAGGAGGCAGCGGAGAUCGUUGUCAUCGUGCUUUCCAGGGAUCACAUGGUGCUUGCACAGAGGGAGGUGUCUGAAGCCCCUGCUGAGCCAGUCCAGACUAUGGAGCCUCGCCUUGGUACAGACAUCGACACAGACACGAAGCUCCUGCAAUUGCUCCUGGCCCGCUUCCAGCAGGACCAGGAGGGGAGGGCGAGGUUGGAUGGGCUCUUAACGGAGUUCCGCCAAGCUGGCGCGGGAGUUGCUCAGCAUCCCCCGCACAUCGCUACCAAGGAGGAGCACAUCGCUACCAAGGAGGAUGCCCUUGAGACCGCCAUAGUGCAGGUGCGGUAA